AUGGUUGCCUUCCUCAGUGCCAUUUCUCAGCGCUUUCGGAAGAAGGAAGCCUCUUCUUCCUCUUCUGCCGAAUCGGGUGCCUCGUAUGGGGCUACGGCGGUUGUUGUAGAUGGUAGUGCCAAUGGUAUUGUUGUGGAUGAACAAUCAUCAUUGCUUGCUUUAGGAAAUAUUCAACAACAACAAAUGGAAGCAAAACCAAAGAGAGUGGCAGGUCAAGACCGAAUGAUAGCACUCGAUGUGAUGAGAGGAAUGACCAUUAUGCUCAUGAUUGUGGUGAAUAAUCAACCAUCAAGAACAUAUUAUCCUCUGGACCAUGCUGAGUGGUUUGGUAUGACUCCGACAGACCUAGUAUUUCCCUUCUUUUUAUGGGUCAGUGGAUACGCAGCUGGAAUUGUGUUUAGAAAUGAAUGGAAGUCAGAAGAUAUUUCAUUCUUCCCAUGUUCUGAAUUUUGGCAUAACAUACAGAACUAUUUCAGAAAGUUGUGUGGAAAAAUUGAUUAUGAAAAUUUAGAAGAAGGACAACAAAUUGAAUAUGUGAAAUAUCUCUAUUUAAUUCCCAUGAGAAGACCAUUAUAUGAAGUGGUGAGCAAGUGGACAAAAAUUAUCAGAAGAUCUAUUUUACUCUUUCUUAUUGGAUUCUUUUUCUCCGUGUUAUCGCAUUUGUUUGACUUUACAAAUGUGAGAGUAAUGGGAGUGUUGCAAAGAAUUGGAAUUUGUUAUUUUAUCACAAGCUCCAUGCUCGUGUUAAUUCCAUGGACAUUUAUUCAAAUUGUAUUUGCCUUAUUCCUACAAGUUCUUUAUAUUCUCAUUACAUUUGGAUUGUAUGUGCCUCAAAGUGAAGGAUGUGCCACACGUGGUGUUUUGGAGCCUCCUCAAUGUACUGCAGAAGGUUAUAUUGACCGAUUAAUUCUCACUCAACGUCACACUUACCAACAAGCCAAUUACGAUCCAGAAGGAUUCUUAUCCACUCUAUCUGCAGUUACGAAUUGCUAUGUUGGUGUGUUAGCUUUCAAAGUUGCUCAAAAAGCAGGAAAAGAUGCUCACAAGCGUCUCAAUUAUUGGUUCCUUUUAGGCUCUGGUCUUAUGAUCUCUGGAAUGUUAAUUCACUAUGCUGGAUUGCCAAUUGGAAAGAAACUAUGGACGACAUCCUUUGCAUUUGUAUCGAGUGGAAUUGCUUGUGCAUUUUUGGCUUGCAUUUGCUUCAUUGUUGAUAUUCAUCAAUACAAGAAAUAUUGGACUGCCAUCUUUUUAUGGACUGGAUCAAAUCCACUCGUCAUGUAUGUGGUUCCUACGUUGGUAGCCAUUGUCAUGUUAAAGAUUCCAGUGACUUAUCAAGGCAAACAAUCUAAUUUAUACAGUGCUGAGUUUAGAGUAUUAUUUGCAAGUUGGCUUCCUAUUGAAUUGGCUUCAACUCUUCAUGGCAUUUGUUAUGAGCUCCUCUUCAUACCACUUGCAUUUUUAUUGUAUUGGAGAAAGAUUUUCAUUAAACUUUGA